AUGAAACUCGUGUCUUUGAUUAUUUUGGGAUCUUUGAUUUCUCACCCUGUGUUUGGUACUGCUACCAUCUUACCAACUCCUGAUCCUGUUGUCCCUGUUGUUACACCAGUUGAUACACCAGUUGAUAUACCUGAUGUGGUCACCAAAACCCAAACAUCUGUUGCAACCCAAACACUCACUACACUUGGUGCGGCGAUUACAGAGUACGUUACUAGUUGUUCAGUACACUUUAAUCCCUUAAGCUUUUACAGUGGUGCUCCUACUGUUAGCUUGUCUGCUACUACCAAAAUUGUUUCUGUCACCAUCACAUCAACCAUUCAUCUGACUUACCUGCACACUGUAACUUAUGCUAAAAGAGAAGCUUCUCAAGGUGUUGAGUAUGCAACAGUAACUGUUAACUCCUGUCCUGCUGGUUCCACAAGUGGUUAUAGUAGCAACACCACCGUGGAGUCUAUAUCAUCCUUGCCAAUCAAUUCUACAACCUACAGUACUCCAGUUAGUGGCACUUCCAUGGUUUCGAACUCUACUUCCUCUGUUACUGAAUCUCUUUUAACGCUAUCUUCUAGCUCAACUGAUUUAUCGAUCAUUAGCAAUUCUACAACUGUCAUCUCCCCACUUCUGAGCAUCUCGGUUAUUGUGACUUCUCCUAUUGCUGUUCCUGUUUCCACUAGCUCUACAACUUCCACUAGCUCUAUAGCCUCCACUAGCUCCACAACCUCCACUAGUUCUACAACUUCCACUAGCUCUACAACUUCCACUAGCUCUACAACUUCCACUAGUUCCACAACCUCCACUAGUUCUACCAGCACAUCUGCCCCAUCUACUUCAACAGUCACUACUACUUUCACCUCAACAACUGUUGUUACUGAACCAAAUACCUCAAUAACCACUUCUACCAUAGUAGACUGUACUACAACUUCUACAAGUACUGUUUACUCCAACCAUGUGACCUCAUAUGUGUAUGGAACAACUGUGUCUAUGACUACAAGUGUUACGAUCACUCAAGCACUGGUGACUACCGUAUAUGUUCUUCCACUUUCUAAGAGAGAAGAAAUUGAGACUUCCACAAUAACUGAAUACGGAUGCUUAUCCUCCGCCGUUCCAACCUCUUCAUUUGGCGGUAACAGCACUGUCUUGACUAGAACCUUUACCAGCUUGAACCAAACUGCUAUCGAAGCUGUAUCUGUUGUCGAUGGCACAACUCAAACCACUGGUGUCACCGUGGUCACUAUUACAGUUGAUGGAACAGUUACUUCUUACACUACUUAUUGCCCAUUGUCCGAAAUUAUUACUGGUGGUUCUGUUGGCAUUACUAGUAACUCAGGAUCCAAAAUUUCUACAGGCUUUGUUAACUCUACCACCGCUUCAUCUGGUUUUGCCAAUGUCGUUGCUGAAAAAUCCUCAACUAGCGCUGUGAUUACCGCAUUUUCUGGAAUGGCUAACUCCCCACUCAAAAUCACCAACAGCGUUGUGUUGUCAGCUAUUAUGGCCGGCACUAUUGGUUUGUUACUUGCCCUUUGA